AUGGAACAGACGAUUGCUUUGAAUGGGAUUUCCGUAACGAAUGACUCGUCCGUUGAAUCGGUUCAACAGUUGUCUGGAAAUUGGAAUUCGAAUUCAAAUCGCGUUUCAAAAAGUUUCGAACGAAUCGAUGAAUGCGACGACAAUUGGCGCCAAAACUGCGUUCGAAUCGCUAUUGAAGUCACAGUCGAGAGACUGAGUGCGCACUCUAUGAGCGCUCGACUCUAUGUUCGGCGUUAUUGUUGUGCCGAACGUUCGCCACUCGAGACUCACGACAUGUCGGACAGCGAAGAGUCCAACAGAGACUCAGACAAUGAGGCCGAAGAGGACAACAGAGAGCCCGAAGUGGCGGACGAAGAGGAGCCGGAAGGCGAGGACUUGGAUGCGGAGGAGGAGUACUCCGAGGACUCGGACGAGGAUGAGGUGCGCGGCGGCGGCCGACGGCGUGGGAAGCGGUCGAAGCCACGCCACGGAGGCUUCAUCUUAGACGAGGCGGAAGUGGACGACGAGAUCGAAGACGACGAGGAGUGGGAAGACGGCGCCGACGAGAUAAUCGAGAAGAACAAACACUUGGAGGACUCGGCCCGCGAUCAAGAGGGACACCGAAGGAUUCACAUGAUGUGGAACUCGCAGAAGGAGGACGAGAUCGAGGACUACUAUCGGCGCAAAUACGCCGAGACGUCGGCCGCCGAGAAGGGCUACGACGGCGACGUCGAUCUGCCCGACGAUAUCACACAACAGGCACUGAUGCCCGGCGUUAAGGAUCCCAACCUAUGGAUGAUUAAGUGC